UUCCCACCGCGUCCAUCUCCUAACCUGUGGCGGCGCUUGUACCUCUCUGACUGCCGCUAGCCAGGAAGCAAGGAAGGAAGGAAGGGAGGGAGCAGCGAUAGCAGGAGGAGGAGGAGAGGCCUUGCCCGAGGAUUCGCAGCCAUUUCAGUGGCGAACACAUCCUCCUGGAGCGAAGAGCAGGUCUGUGAGGGAGGGAGCAGCCCGCACACAGGGGCCCCUCACUUGUCACCCGGAUAGGGCCCCCGUCGCUGCUGUGAAGAUGAUGCCGACUAUUCUAACAGUGUUUCUUAGCAACAAUGAGCAAAUACUGACAGAGGUGCCAGUCACACCAGAAACAACAUGCCGAGAUGUAGUAGAGUUCUGCAAGGAGCCAGGCGAGGGGGCAUGCUACCUGGCUGAAGUGUGGCGUGGGAAUGAGCGCCCUUUACCAUAUGAUCAACUCAUGUUUGAGCACUUGCAGAAGUGGGGCCCUCGCAGAGAAGAAGUGAAAUUCUUCAUUAGACAUGAGGAUUUUCCAGCUGAUGCCAAUGAACAGUCAUCUCGUCAAAGCCCGAAUCAAAGAAAUGGCCUCACAGGAGAGAAGCGACUUGAAAAUGGGGUUGGCAAUCCACGCGUUGAGCUCACACUUUCUGAACUCCAAGACAUGGCUACCCGCCAACAACAGCAGAUUGAGAAUCAACAACAGAUGCUGGUGGCAAAGGAGCAGCGUCUAAGGUAUUUAAAGCAACAGGAACGACGUCAGCUUCAGUCGGUAUCAGAGAGUGAAAAACUUCAGAAACUCCGAGAGAGAGUAGAAGUGCAAGAGAACAAGCUGAAGAAGAUCCGCACAGUCAGAGGCCAAGUGGACUACGGCAAAGUCAUAAAUGGAAACCUGUCUGCUGAAAUAGAACACAUCUCCGAUAUGUUUCAAGAAAAGCAGCAAGAGCUGCAGACGGCAGUUCUGAAAGUGGAGCAGUUGACACAGCAGCUGGAGGACCUGAGGAAAGGGAAGCUCAAUGGGUUCCAAGCGUAUAACGGACAGUUGACAGGGCCAGCUGCUCUAGAACUGAAAAAGCUAUAUCAAGAAUUGCAGAUAAGGAAUCGUCUCAACCAGGAACAGAGCAGUAAACUACACCAGCAGAAGGAACUGCUAAACAAGCGCAACACUGAAGUCACAAUAAUGGACAAACGGAUCAAUGAGCUGCGUGAGCGUCUCUACAAGAAGAAAGUUGAGGCACGUCAAAAAGAAAACAUUCCCCUGAAUCGCAUCAAUGGAACUCCAUCUCCUCAGUCUACCUUAUCUGCAUCUGGCCGAGUGGCAGCAGUGGGGCCCUACAUACAAGUGCCCACUGCUAAUUAUAGCAUGCCUGCUGACCCAGUGAAGCCACAGACCCUGUCCCUUGCUGCUAGCGCUACACACGCACGCUCCAAAUCUGCAAAUGAUGCCACCUGGCCUGCUCUGAAGCAAAAUGCUAUAUCUGUGGCUAAGCCACCCCAACUCGGCACCCCAGACUGGAAGGAUUCCAAUACUGAUGCACCAUUCAAAUCUGCCACUAUAUCAAGCCAGCCUAUGCCUUCGACAGGUGCUGGGCCCAAUGAGAAAUUGGCUGCUGACGCAGGAAAGCUUCCCACGCAGAUGCCAGGGUUGAGCAAAACACUUCCACAUAACUAUGGCAUGUACCAGAAUUCUCUUCCUCUGAGUGCAACAAAUUCAUUGGAAAGAAGGGAUGGAAGCCUGCCAAGACCUGGAUCUGGGCCUACAACCCGACCGAGGCCUCUUCCUUUAGCUUCCACAAGCAAUGUCCAUCCUCCCGGCUCUUCACAGCAAAUACAACAGAGGAUAUCGGUGCCCCCAAGCCCCACAUACCAACCCUCUUCCUCCCCUAUAUUCCCUGGAACUGAUGGAAGGCCUGAUCCACCUUUAACUGUGGCCAUUAGGCCUUUUCUAGCAGACAAAGGUUCACGACCACAGUCUCCUAGAAAAGGUCCACAGACAGUAAAUUCCAGUUCCAUCUACUCUAUGUACCUCCAACAAUCCGCUCCACCAAAGCACUACCAGCAAGCUGUAUAUAACACCUUAAAUAAGUCAGUUAAAGCAGUUUAUGGAAAACCCGUUGUACAGUCGGGAUCGAAUAACUCCUCACCAUUACCUUUCAUGCAUGGGGCAUCACCUGGAACAUCACACGGUCAAGUGGACAGUAUGGACAAAGAACCCGGUGUUGAGGGGGUUCCCCCUUCAGGGGAAAACGGUGGUGUGGAAAGUAUUCCACGGCCACUUAGUCCCACCAAACUAACACCUAUUGUUCACUCACCUAUGAGAUAUCAAAGUGAUGCAGACCUUGAAGCCCUCAGGCGAAAACUAGCCAAUGCACCUAGACCCCUAAAGAAAAGGAGUUCCAUAACAGAGCCAGAGGGGCCAAGUGGACCCAAUAUACAGAAAUUGCUGUAUCAGCGCUUCAAUACUCUUGCUGGGGGAAUUGAGACUGCACCUUUUUACCCUCAAAGCAACUCUCAAGACUUUGUAGGCACCUUAACAGAUGUAGAUAAUGGUAACAACAACACAAACGGAAAUGCAGAAGUACCUAUUUCCGCCCAUCCUGCGGUAGUUUCUCCUCCUCUUCCUGAACCUCAGAAAUCGGCAGAUGAUAAUGACAACAAGUUGUGUUCUCCUAUUACGGAGGAACCUCCAAGCAAUGAAAUCAUAAGCCACAUCUCUGAAUCAACCGAAGACAAUAACAAUAAUAAUCCUGCUAUAGCCCCUUCUAAUGAGAAAACACCAAGCCCAAUUCUUGAAGUUGCAUCUCCAGUCAAAGAGGAGGUACUGCCAUCACCCAGCGUUCCAGUUCCAAUGCAUCAGGUUAAACGCACUAACCUAAAGAAGCCAAAUUCAGAAAGGACAGGCCAUGGGCUCAGAGUGAGAUUUAAUCCCCUGGCUUUACUGCUCGAUGCUUCGUUAGAAGGAGAGUUUGACCUGGUACAGAGGAUUAUUUAUGAGGUGGAAGAUCCCAGCAAACCCAAUGAUGAAGGAAUAACACCCCUACACAAUGCUGUGUGCGCGGGACACCACCAUAUUGUCAAGUUCUUGCUUGAUUUUGGUGUAAAUGUGAAUGCAGCAGAUAGUGAUGGGUGGACCCCAUUACACUGUGCAGCUUCAUGUAAUAGUGUUCACCUGUGCAAGAUGCUGGUGGAGUGUGGAGCAGCCAUCUUUGCUACCACUAUUAGUGACGUUGAGACUGCUGCAGACAAGUGCGAGGAGAUGGAAGAGGGCUAUAUCCAGUGUUCCCAGUUCCUAUAUGGUGUUCAGGAGAAGCUUGGAGUGAUGAAUAAAGGGUUGGUAUAUGCUCUGUGGGAUUACGAGGCCCAGAAUGCCGACGAACUCUCAUUCCGAGAAGGAGAUGCCAUUUCCAUUGUCAAGCGCAAGGAUGAUGUGGAAACUGAAUGGUGGUGGGCCCGUCUCAAUGAUAAGGAGGGAUUUGUGCCUAAAAAUCUACUUGGGCUGUGCCCACGGAUCAAACCCAGACAGCGAACUCUGGCCUGAAGCCCGCGAUCAUGUUCGCUGCUCCCACUGGAAGAUGCACAAGAACUCGCCCACUCGCUGAACACAUUUCAUAAGGAUCUGCAGCUGUAGUAUAGCUUGAAUGGUGCUUUAUUUGGAAAGGACAGCAUUUCAAAAGCCAAAAUGUGUAUGCGCCUCCUCCAAUAUCCCAAGCCAUAGAAAAAUCCCAUUUCUCUCAACAUCGGCCAUGGUGCAAACCAGUCGCUGAUAACACUAUAACAUGUAAUAGUCGUCCAGUUGACUGGAAUUUCUAAUGAAAGGUUCGACAACACUCUGUCCUCUGGUACGACAGCCACUGUCCCACUGUAAAUAAGACCAACCGCAAGCUGCCUCAUUCCAUGCACCCUUGCCCUGCUUGCUUAUGCCAGUAGUGUUUUAGUGCCCGUGAUUCUGUUAGGAGCUGCUCCUUUAUUAUAGUUAUUAUACCCACAUUUGGCACUAAACAUCACUGUGUUUUUCAUUUGCUUGUUCUGGUCACAUUUUCUGAUGAGUGCAAGCGUUAUAAGCCAAACAGAAGGCUUCUGUUAAGUGACCAAUUGCAGCAGCAGCAGCAGCAGCCAUGUGCUGUAUGUGUGUGACUGGCAGAGUGAUGGACAGAUGGACACACACUGCUUGUGUUUAGCGUUUUUAUUUUGUGUGAAAGUUGUAUAAAGUAAUGCAGGUUUGAAUUGGGAAUGGAUGUGAACCGUGAGAUCCUGAGUGACAGGAGGAUGUGCCAAUAGCACGUAUGGGCAGAUGUUAAAGGGGAACUAUUGCAAAAAUGAAAAAUUAAUAUAAGCUUUAUCAUACUGAAACUUUGUAAAUGUAAUCCAUUAUCUGCAUUGUUUCUGAAAUAAUCAAGUUUACUGUAUAUCUCUCAGCAUCUGUUUCUCUUCAUUCUGUCUUCAUGCAGCACUUGGGUGUCAGAUAUUAUUUGACAGUUAGAUCCAAUGUCUCUUAUAGGGGGCUCCCUUUUCUAGCAGAUGAAUUAGAGCUCAUUCAAAUAACUGAUUAAAGUACAAACAAAAUCUAACAAAAUAACUGCCUUUUGCACAAAUUCUGCAUGUAGAGAGAAAGGUGAUUUUAAUAGAGUGAGCUCUAAUACAUCUCCUAGGCAAAAGGAGCCCCCCUAUAAGAUACAUUGGAUCUAACUGUCAAUGAUUAUCGGACACACCCAGUUCCUGCAUGGAGAUAUAAUGAAGACAAACAGAUGCUGAGAGAGGAAUAGUGAAGAUAAACUUAAUUAUUUCAGAAACAGUACAGAAUAUUUAAUUGAUAGUAUUCAGAUAGUUUCUUAUUUCAGUAUGCCGAAGCUUAUAUUCAAUUUUUAAUUUCGCAAUAGUUCCCUUUAAAUUAGUAGUCCCUGUGGGUUUUAAUUGCCUGAAGGUGAAGGCUGCUAGAAAUGCUUGUGGAAAGAAAUGAAGUGUAAAGGCAGGUGCUAAAAAUACACCCUCUUGAGUAGAGUUUAAAUUCACAAUGCCUGAAAACGAGUUGCUCAGUGAAAGAUCUGGGACAUCCAAAAUGAACACUAACCCCGUCCCCUUUGGUUUUGGCAUUGCUCAUAAAGCACAUCAGGGCUCUUCUGUGUAGGAGCCAAACUGGCGGCUUUUCAACGGCUUCGGCUUUCUCUGAACUCCAGGCAUUCUGUGAAUGGAGGACUAGUGGGCCAGCCAUAAUGUAAAGAAGGUAAGCAAACAAACUCCAUGAUUGUUAUUGGCUUGAGGCAUGAGAGAUUAUUCUGUGCCCUUGUCUUUACAGACCAAUAGGGACCCCCAGCUGCUGCUGGACUACAACCCGCAGAAUGAACAAGAAUGUGAUGCGGGAUGGAAGGAGUAUGUUAGGAAAGGCUUUGAAGGUGGAAGAAAGUUUAGCACUGAGUAUCUGAUGUAUGUAGAAUACAAUAGGAAGAGAAAGGGGUGUGUAAGUGAUUGCCAUGUACAUGAGUGAGAGGAGAAAGUGAGGUGCAGAGGGAAGGGUUGCACUAAGUUAUAAACACUGUAGUAGUGUGAGGUGUGCACAUGCACUUUGUGCAGAUUCUCUGUUCAUUCUUUAUUACCAGAAGUAUUUUUUUUUUUUAAUUUCCCUAACCAGUAAGCAUAGUUUCAUCCUCCUGCCUGUGUCAGGCCCCACACUUGCACAUAAUAGGUGUCAUUUCUAUACACUUCCACUGUGCUGAAUAUGCUCUUACCAUGUUUGCAUUUAAGUGUGUAUAUAUAUAUAUAUAUAUAUAUAUUGUGGUGAUGGUGGAAAGUAUACAAUUGUUUAAAAUGAUUUGUUACUACUGAACUUAUUUCUGAAUGGUCUUGAAAAAUACCAAUCGGAAACAAAACCACUUGUAAAUUAACAAUAAAAUUCUGCUAAAGCAUGUUGAAA